GAUUAAACUCUUCUCCUUCAGCGGGUUUGGUUUUCUCCUCCUUCUCCGAGCUCUCUCUCUCUCUCUCUCUCUCUCUCUCUCACACACAUCCAUCCUCAUCCACACACAAGGGAACGGCAGCAUGUCUGUAGCAGGGCUGAAGAAGCAGCUCCAUAAAGCCACUCAGAGAGUGAGUGAGAAAGUGGGUGGAGCUGAAGGAACCAAGCUUGACAAUGACUUCAUGGAAAUGGAGAAGAAGGUGGACGUUACUAGCCGAGCCGUACUGGAUAUCAUGACCAAAACUACAGAGUACCUACAGCCCAAUCCAGCGACCCGUGCUAAGAUGAGCAUGAUGAGCUCUAUGUCGAAGAUCCGUGGAGGUGAUAAGGGGCCGGGAUACACACAGACGGAGACAGUGCUGGGCGAGGCCAUGCAGAGGUUCGGCCACGAGCUCGGGGACGAGUCCAACUUCGGCCUGGCUCUGAUCGAUGCUGGAGAAGCUAUGAGAGAGCUGGGUGAGGUGAAGGAUGCGUUAGAUAUGGAGGUGAAGCAAAACUUCAUCGAUCCAAUGCAAGUGCUGCAUGAUAAGGACCUGAAGGAGAUCCAGCACCACCUGAAGAAGAUGGAGGGUCGGCGUCUGGACUUCGACUAUAAGAAGAAGCGUCAGGGGAAGGUGACCGAGGACGAGCUCAAGCAGGCGCUGGAGAAAUUCGAUGACUCGAAGGACAUCGCUGAGCAGAGCAUGUUCAACCUGCUGGAGAGCGACGUGGAACAGGUGAGUCAGUUGGCUGCUCUGGUGCAGGCUCAGGUGAAUUAUCACAGACAGGCAGCAGAAAUCCUGCAGCAGCUCUCCAGCAAGAUUGAUGACAGAAUCAGAGAAGCUUCCAGUAAGCCGAGGAAAGAGUACACACCCAAACCACAUGCUUUAGCCGACUUCUCCUCUAGUGAGAGUCACAACGGGGGAUUGGGACACAGCCGAGCUCCCACACGCUCCCCGGCUCCUCUGGAUCGGCCAUGUUGUCGCGCUCUGUAUGAUUUCAAUCCGGAGAAUGAGGGCGAGCUGGGCUUUAAGGAAGGUGACAUCAUCAUACUGACCAAUCAGAUUGAUGAGAACUGGUAUGAAGGGAUGAUAAAUGGCCAAUCAGGAUUCUUCCCUGUCAAUUACGUUGACGUCCUGGUAGCUUUGCCCCAUUAAAUCCAUCCUGAACCCUCAAUUCCUGUCAUGCACUUCUCCUGGAAGGAGAGAAAAAUCAUCGCACUGAUAAUUAGAACAUAAAAGAAGAAUAUUCGUUUUUCUGUUUCCCCCCACUCCUCUUUUCUCUUUUGUGUUGUGUAAGUUUCUGAUGUUUCUCUCCUUUAUUUCCUGCUCUCUGUUUCGUCUUUGUGUAUUAUUCUCUGAUUCUGUCUCUCUAAACUUUUUCUUCUGUUUCUCUCUUUUCUCCUUCUUUCUCUCUGUCGUGUUUGUGCAUGAUGUAGGAAGUGUUUGCACUUUUGAGGAAAUUUAUUAUUUCCAAUUUUAUUUUGUGUGAUGUACAAAAAAAAGUAUUGUUUAUUUUAUUUUAUUUUUGCUGUUGUUGUUGAUAAAAUGUCCAUGCAGAGAAGCAGUGAUGUGAAAACUGCUGAGGUUUAUUUUUUUCCCUUUGAGCUUCGCUGACCUUUUAUUAGGGAAAUAAAA